AUGGCGCCAGACGUCCCCACCAUGCUGGCUGCAUUUCCCCUAUCGUUCGAGAUCAUACCGUCGGGGUCCAACUCCCACCCACUCACCAUCACCGUGCUCCAGCCGCUUCCAAACCUCAAAUUCGACAAGGUACCGCUCCCUUUAAUAUCCCUAGACGCCUCCAGAAACACCAUAACUCCUGGCCAGCGACUCUUCCGGCUUCACCAUGACUCCCACUCGGUACUAGAGACGUAUAGCAAUAGCUACUUCUUUGUGAAGAUCCAGAAAAGAGUCACAGACAAGGAGCAUGCCUUGGGCAUUAUCUUUAACAUCCACAACGACUACUACUGCCUAGCAGAUCUCGACCCAGACGCCAAGUACAAAGACAUACUAGAUUCCAACAGCAUACCAUCGCGUGUAAGACACCCUCAUGACCUUGUUCCUCAGAUUCAAAGGCCCCUGGCGCCAUAUGAGCUCAAUUCUGACCAAUUGGCAGCUAUACGAACGUUUUCCAUGAAACCACCACAAGCGAUCCAGAAUGUCCAGUCGUCUCCCCAAACAGCGGAAACACCGCUCGAAUUCUUGCACUCACGGUACUUCACCAUUCUCUACUCGCUUACCAUCCCAUUGAGCUACUUCCCCAAAACGGCCUUGACCAGAUUUGCCAACUUGUGUGCCAACGACUCAUCCCUCAUCGGAAGCACCUUGGUCAAGUUGGUGUGGAGCAUUGAAAAAAUGGAUGCUAGACAUCAAGACAAGUAUGGGCUUCUCAACUUGAUGGGAUCUGCCGAUAAAGCAGCUCCCACUACUGUCGCCAGCGAAAAAGACGCCCAGCUAGACUUCAUUUCGAAAAACCACACUAUACUCAAAGACUAUUUCUCCAUUCAGUCCAAGAGAAAAGAAGAAUCCGAGGUCGCUUUUUCCACCAAAGAGUUGUCAAACGAGGAAAUCGGACAGAAGCUCUUCUUGGAGCUCAAAAUCAGAGAGGCACAGCUCCAGAUUCUAGUGAUUUUUGAAAUUCUCAGGAUUUGGAAGGUAUCAGAAACCGAAUAUCUUGAGAAGUGCUUGAAGAAGCAAAAGAAAGAUAUAGCCAAAAAGAGCAAGGAAGCAAAACAGUCUUUGGUCAGGAAGAAAAACCCAAAAAAGAUCAGGAAAAUAAUCCCCACCUUCUUGGGAAUGGGAGUUAAUGUCAGCAAUAUUGAUAGCUCUGAAUCAUCUGCUGCCCAAUCCAUAGAUGAAUAUUCUCUUUUUAUCAAUUUGGAUACCAUCGUGGAUAGAAUGGGAGUGUGGGAUACCCUCUUAGGAAGAACCAAAGGAAAUGACAGUGAUAGUGCUUAUGGAUUCUUGGCAUAUGUUCUAGUUCCUUACUACAAUAAGAAAUUACCAAUCAUAGUCAAAUACGUGAUUGAUAAGAUCAAAGACCUGAACAUGAAGUUGGUGACUCCCUCAUUCAAAAAGUUCGAACGAGACUUACAGCGGAGGUCAUCUGAAGGAUCUUCUCCAAGGGAGGAUGAGGACACUGAUAAAGACAGAUUAAAGGAACCUGCUCGGCCAUCAAAAUUCAGAAAAACGUUAUUACACCAAAAGGUGCCAACCCUCAAGAAAUCGGCCACCAUAGACUUAUCUGAAGACGAUAACCUCAGACCCGCAUUCGCCCUCAAGAGGUCAAAAUCAAACCUAUCAUCCAAGCAUCUACAAAAGCGUCAAGUGGAUAUUUCAAUCAAUACCGAAAAGAGCCAGAAGGAUAAGGCAGCUGGUAAAUCCACCGCUGAUCAAGGUAGCAAGGAGAAUAGCUCUUCGUUCAUUUUCACAAAGGUCAAACGGACCAAACUCACAGCAAGCACAAAAGGUUCCGGAUCCAAUGUUUCUAGAACCUCCUCAAUUUCUCAGGUCCAGGCCACACCUUCGAAAAAUAGGCUUAUCAGCUUCAUUGAUGGACAGGCAGCCCAAGUCGACUCUCCUCCUACCAAGGCUCUGCAUGCUCCCAAUAGUUAUAGCUCUGCCCUGAUUUCACAGAUAGAAAGUACCCCACAAAAUAAAGGUAAAGUGGUGGAUUUUACGGAAAUAAUUAAUACCCCACAGCAAUUCGUCAAGCCAUCCACAGCAUCUGACACAAGACGUGCUGGGUUGUCUGAAAAAUUGUUCCAGGCAUCAGAGUUGACUGUACCCGCAGUUGAACUGGGGAUUAUGAGUUCGCCAGUUAAACCACAAGAAACCCCUAAAGAAAAUAUUGUGAGCUCGCCUCUUUCGACUUCAAGUCGUAGAAAAAAGCCAGGAGAGCCCAUAUCGGUUAGCGAGUCACCAUUCUUCAAUCCCAGUCUAAAUGGAUCUCCAGUUUAUGGGGGCAUAUUUGGUGGGAAGAGAAAAAGUAAAUGA